AUGGGGGCGCGUGCGUGCGCGCGCGCGCUGGGUGAGAGCCUUGGGCCGGGCUCCUCGGGCUCCCCCAGCGCCCCCGGUCCUCCCGGGGCCUGCCCCGUGGACCGCAGCAGCUCACACGCGGGCCUCGCCGCCCACCUGGCGGCCGGCGCCCUGGGGCCCAGGCUCGGCGCCGGAGCCGCCUCGGCCCGGCGCUCAGCCCCGCCCUCGUGGCCCCGCCCUCCCGGCGUUCCCUGUGCGCUGCCGCCCCCUCGUGGCCAUCAGCGGCGUGGCCUCCCUCUUGCGCCGCCGAGGCCGCCCCUGGUAGGGGGUGUCUGGGCAGAAGACGGGCCGCCCUGCCCGCGGGAGGGUCUGGCAGGCGCCUGGGUGUCAGGAGAGCCCUGCCCAGCGGUCUAA